AAUCCGCGCGCUGAUUGGCCGGCGCGCUCUGAGGGCUCUGCCGGGCCGCGGCCCCCUCCCGGAACGUCGCGGGUGAGGCGGGGGGGGCGGCGAGGGACCCUCGGGACCCCCCGGGAGCCCUCGGAAAUCUCCCCAAAAAGCCCCCAAAAUCCCAAAUUUCUGCUCCAAACCUUCUGGAAUUGCAGCCAAAGAUGUCCAGGAAGCAGCAGCCCAAAGAUCCCUCGGGGUUCGUGUUCGACGCUCGCUCCGGGGCCGUGCGGGCGCAGGGCGGCGCCUCCGAGAACAUGAGGGAGAAGGUGCAGGCGGUGCGGGCGGUGGUUCCCAACCGCAGCAACACCGAGAUCGUGCUGGUGCUGCAGCACCUCGACAACGCCGUGGACAGGGCGGUGCAGGCCUUCAUGGAGGGCAAUGCCAGUGAGGUGCUCAAGGAAUGGACAGUGACUGGGAAGAAAAAGAAGAAGAAAAAACCCAAACCCAAAGCCCAGCCCAGCCCCUCCCCCUCAGGCCCCGGGCAGGAGGAAAAGCUGGAAAAUUGGGAAAAGCUGGAAAAAUUGGGAAUUUCCAUCAAUGGUUUCCAUGGCAACCGCUCCCCAUCCCUGGAGUCGCUCCCUGAGCCUGGGGCAGCCCUUGGGAAUGGAAUUCCAACUUUUCCUGCCCCGAGCUCGCCCCGGAGCCUCCAGAGCGGCCCCGGAUCCCCCGGGGGGAGGAAACUGGGUCCCAGCCUGGAGCGCUCGCUGAAGGAUCUGCAGCGCUGCUCCGUGGCCCUGGCGCGCUUCAGGGCCCUGCUCAGGGACGAGGUGGAGAAUUCCCUGCGCAGGGUGAAGGUGGCGUUCGGAGAGAUCCAGAGCUGCCUCAUGGAUCGGGAGGUGGCUCUGCUGGCCGAGAUGGACAAAGUCAAGGCAGAAGCGAUGGACCUGCUGUCCCUGCGGCAGCGCCGGGCCGAGGCGCUGCGGGAGCUGACGGAGGCGGCCCCGGGGAUGUCGGAGGAGCAGCUGCUGGAGCUCAGAGCCGACAUCAAGCACUUUGUGAGCGAGCGCAAGUUCGAUGAGGAGCUGGGCCGGGCCGGGCGCUUCGGCUGCGACCUCGAGGCCCUGAGGGGCAGCAUCGGAGCCUUCGGGCAAGUUUCCCACCCCAGGCCCAGCUAUUCCAGCCGCUCCCGCUGCAGCUCCGGCCCCGGAUCCUCGGGAUCAGCAACGGGAUCAGCAACGGGAUCAGCAACGGGAUCAGCCCCGGGAUCAGCCCCAGCGUUCCCAGUGGGAUCAGCCCUGGGAUCCCCCCCAGGAGCCCCGGAAUUCCCGACGGGAUCGGCCCCGGGAUCCCCCGAGGGCGGCGCGGCCCCAACGGAGCCACCCCCGGCCCCACAGCCCCCCCAGCGGAGCCGGAAACCUCCGGGAGCAGCCGGACCCCGCCCGUCCCCCCAGCGCCCCCCGGGGACCCCCAAAAACCCCAAAUCCCCCAAGAACCCCAAAAACCCAGAGAAUCCCAAAAACCCCGAGAAUCCCAAAAACCCCGAAAAUCCCAAGAGCCGCCCCGAGGGGGCCAAUUCCUGA